AUGUCUCGCCGUCGAAUAUCGCACAGCGAAAUGAAUGAGGCUCUCGCCUAUCCCUUCAUGCAGUCCAACGGCCCAUACAACAGUCAGUCGAAUGGACAACCCCGUCGAGGCCCCAUCGAAGGUCCCAAUGGCCGUCGCCUCAUCCGUCGCGUCACAUGGCGCUCCUCCACAUACAAGCUCAUGGCCACCCUGUGGGUGCUGGCCGUCCUCUACAUCGUCUGGCUAGUCCGCGACCUCUUCUUACCGUCCACCCCGUCCGAAUCCAGACCAACCCCUCCUGCUCAACCCGAACAAAAUUAA